AAAUAACUCCACUGUCCGGAGGAGCGCGGGGGUCCGACUGGAGCUUCACCAGCCGCUUUAGACGGAGCACUCGACGGAUUCAAGAGGGCGUAAAUGAGCCAAAUCCAACAGCUGGCCGUGGUUGUCCCGCCGGAGAGAAGAGAGCCAUGGAUUUUAUGAAAAAACACACUUAUCUGUCCAUCGUAAUUCUAAUGACGUGCAGCACCUGCCAUAUUCUCUCUGAAAGAUUUGUGGAAGAGGACUUCUCAGAGCCGCUGUUUCCAUCUUACCUGGGAAGUGACAGCCAAAUUACCUCCUGUGAUUUUGAGUCGUCGUGCCUCUGGACUUUAUCACGCAGCAACGCUCGUAGUGACUGGUCAGUCGUGUCACCACAGCAACUGGGGGACAGAAAGGCUGGGAUGCUGCCUACAACAGACCACUCUGUUGGAAGCUCUGAUGGCCACUUCCUUCUGCUGAGCUCCCCACCUGCUGCUGAUUCUUCUGGGAAAUGUGAAUACCACUUGACCAGUCCAGUCUUGCCUGGCAGCAACAAGGAGUGCAUAUUGCAGGUGGCCUUGUAUGAGACCAGGCCGGCGCUGGGAAACCUCACGGUCCUGAUCGAGCCAGUUCUGUCCCAUUUAGCUAAUCACUCAAGGGUUCUCAACCACAGGAGACCAAAUGGCCAAAGGGCUGAGUGGGAGGUUCUAGAGACUGUGAUUGGCCAGAUGGAUGAACCCUUUCAGGUGACCCUGUUCUACACUUCCUGCACGGCUGACGGCAGAGCCAGUGUGGCUUUGGACUCUCUGGUCUUCAUAAACUGUGAAUUGGAUGAUGAGGCCCUCAACCUGAACUGGGCCUGUGAAGAAUCUUUCCACUGUGAAAACUCGGGUGGCUGCAUUGACCGGAGCCAAGUGUGCAACUUCCACACAGAUUGUCCUCUAGGAGAAGACGAGGGCUUACUAUGUGAUGAUCUUCCCUAUGGCUCAUACUGCUCAUUUGAUUGGGAUUCAUGUGGCUGGUCUGCAUCCAACCAGCACUCGGGCUGGAGGAGGGUUGCUGGAGAUGACCUUCUAGAAAAAAAAGACAUGCAGGGUGUCACCCUGCAGCGGACUCCAGGGCGUUUCUUGUUUCUGCAGGUUAAAGAGAGUAAUCCCCAGCAAGUAGCGUCCAUACAGAGCUCUUCUUUCCCUCGUCCAAUCUCUACCGCUGCAUGCCAGAUGCGUUUCUCGCUGUACAUGUAUGGAGUUUUUAAUGGGUCUUUGCACGUAGCUAUUGAAGAAAAUGGGAGCACCACCGCCCCGCUCGUCUGGGAGAGACAUAGUCAGUGGACGGAUGACUGGGAGGCUGUUGCUCUGGAGCUGACCGGCCUUCAUCAGGGGUUCCACGUAAAAGUGACAGCCGUGUGGGAACAAGGCUCCAGGGCGGACAUCGCUCUCGAUAACAUCGCCAUUGGAGCGGCUUGCUUCAUCACAGAUCUCAACUCUCUUCUGCAAAUGGCUGACUUGGACUUCUUGAGCCCGCUUCCAGAGCCGUCGGUCUCAGAUGUUUCUCUGAUGAAAUGGUUGUUUAAUUCAUGUGGCGCCAGUGGACCCCAAGGCCCGACCCAAGCCCAGUGUGACAGCAACUACAGGAACAAAAAUAUCAGUGUGACUUUGAUGAAAGACGGCCCCUUAAAAGGAGUCCAAAUGUGGAAGGUGCCUGCAACCAACCGAUACGUGAUCUCAGCAUACGGGGCUGCAGGAGGGAAAGGAGCCAAAAACAACUACGAACGCAACCAUGGGGUGUUUAUAUCGGCCAUAUUUCCACUUGAGAAAGGAGAGAUACUUUACAUCUUGGUGGGCCAUCAGGGAGAAGACGCAUGCCCGGGGAGAACCGCCAUCACCCAGAAGAUCUGCCUGGGAGAGUUGUCUGUGAUUGAAGAUAACCAUGGCAUUGGAGCUGGUGGAGAGUGGGCUGGUGGAGGAGGUGGUGGAGGAGGAGCCACAUAUAUCUUUAAGAUGGAGAAUGGGGAGUUGGUUCCCUUGCUGAUCGCAGCUGGUGGAGGAGGAAAUGCCUACAUGGAGGACCCAGAAUCCAGUCUGGACCAGAUACCACGGGAGCAGUAUGAAACUAAUACCACAGCUUACGGCACCAACGGCCAAACUGGCAUAGCAGGUGGAGGUGGUGGCUGGAAAGACGGUACCAGUCCUCAGCUGACUGCUGGCAGGUCCCUAGUGGAAGGUGCAGUGGGGGGGUCUCCUUGCCCCCUCGCUAGGUCCAAGCUCAGCUGGUCCACCUUUGGGGGGUUUGGAGGUGGAGGUGGAGCCUGCACAGCCGGAGGUGGUGGAGGAGGAUACAGAGGUGGUGACGCUGCGCUGAUGGACGACAUCACAGCCGACGGGGAAAACGGAGUUUCGUUCAUCCACCCGAUGGGAGACCUUUUCCUGCAUCCUCUGGCAGCUGUGGAUGGUCAUGGCGAGUGUGAGAUCAAGGUGGAGCUGAACUGCAGCCACUGUCAGACGGAGAGCUGCAAACGGGAGGAGGACACUCACCUCAUCAUCUGUCUGUGUCAUGAUGAUGGAUUUCUCAGCAGCGACAAUGUCACGUGCAUCAGUGUCCUCGGACCUCCCCCGGGGCCAGAACCGCAGGGCCAGCUGUCCACGUCGCUGAUCCUGGCCGUCGUCGUGUCCACCAUCGCGAGCGGCAUCGUGCUGGUCUGCGCCGGCGUUGUGCUCAUGUGGUACCGCAGGAAGAACGACCUGCAUGCAGUGAGGGGGCGUCUGCAGAGUCCAGAGUACAAGCUGAGCAAGAUCCACUCCUCCACCAUCAUGACGGACUACAAUCCCAACUACUGCUUUGCCGGCAAGGCUGCGUCCUUUGGCGAUCUGAAGGAAGUGCCACGCAAGAACAUCACACUUCUCCGGGCUCUCGGUCACGGUGCCUUCGGCGAAGUCUACGAAGGACAAGUUUUGGGGAUGAGUACAGAUGGAAGUCCUUUGCAGGUGGCCAUAAAGACCCUUCCGGAAAUCUGCUCUGAACAGGAUGAAAUGGAUUUCUUGAUGGAGGCGCUGAUUAUGAGCAAAUUCAACCACGAGAAUAUUGUGCACUGCAUCGGCGCCAGCCUGAAUAUCCUGCCACGCUUCAUCUUGUUGGAGCUGAUGACCGGGGGAGACAUGAAAACCUUUCUGAGACAGAACAGGCCAAGAGCUGGCCAGAGCUCGUCACUCACCAUGCACGAGCUGCUGCAGAUGGCCAGAGACAUCGCCAAUGGCUGUUGUUACCUGGAGGAGAACCAGUUCAUACACAGAGACAUUGCUGCAAGAAAUUGCCUCCUUACCUGCCCUGGACCGGACAGGGUGGCUAAGAUCGGAGACUUUGGCAUGGCUCGAGACAUUUACAGAGCCAGCUACUAUAGGAAAGGGGGUCGUGCCAUGUUACCCGUCAAGUGGAUGCCGCCAGAAGCCUUCAUGGAGGGAGUCUUCACCUGCAAAACUGACACCUGGUCAUUUGGAGUCCUGCUCUGGGAAAUCCUCUCCCUGGGUUACAUGCCGUAUCCCUGUAAAACUAACCAGGAGGUCCUAGAGUUUGUCACCAGCGGAGGUAGAAUGGAUCCUCCCAAAGGCUGCCCGGGGCCUGUUUACCGGCUCAUGACCCAGUGUUGGCAGCAUUGUCCUGAACACCGGCCCAACUUCCCCACAAUCUUGGAGAGAAUUAACUACUGCACUCAGGACCCCGAUGUGGUAAACACACCCCUACCUGUAGAAUACAGCCCCAACACAGAGGACGAUGGAGGCAAAGGGAUGCGUCCUUCACUCCCUGCUUCCUCCAGCCUCACUCCACUCCUGGCACGCCCAGUUUGCCAGGAUUUACCCUCCCAGAUGGGCUUCUCUCCCAUGAGCUUCGGUCCCCCUACCCUUCCCCCACAGCCUACCAAACCCCGUCUCCUGCUGCAGAGGACCCAACCUGUCCACCAUGAAGUGGCGUCAUGUCAGGUGCUGGAGCCGUCCUGGGCGGAGACCAUUCCUGCCCCGGGUUCGUCCACAGGAGGUAACUGCCUCCACCCUGAGCCUCCUCACCACCGGCCCUGCUCCAGAAACAGCUCCUCCUCUGGGAGCCAGAAGAUGAAGAACAAGACUAAGAACCUUUGGAACCCAACAUACGGAUCCUGGUUCUUGGAAAGCUUCAGGGGGAAGAAAGCACUGGCUCACACUCAGUCCAUGCCGCUGUCGAGCUCCAGCUCCAACUCACAGAGCUGCAGCCCAGCGUCAGAGAACAACGGUGUCGCUUGUGACAGCACCAGCAGUACCUACCUCAGCUCCACUCCAUCUCCUGCCUGUCAGGCUCAGGCUGCCCCAAGCAUGCCCGCUCAAAAAAGCCCAGCAGGUGGCGCCGCAAAAGCUGGUGUGGACCUGGCUAAGCUCCAGAGUUUUCCGUGUGGCAACGUCAACUAUGCCUACGACGAGCAGAGCUACGAGGCAGAGAGCCUGCCCUUGGUUGUGCCCAAAGCUCCAGAAGCCACUACAAACGCCAGCUGUGUCUCUCCAGGGACUAGCCUGGGUCUGACACUAGGCCUCCAGGCCUCUUCGUCCUCUGUGCCCAAGCUACUUCUGAAGCGCCACGCCAGCUACGGGCACGAGGACGUGAGGAGACACACCAAACUGGAGAAGCCCACACGCGACCGAGACUCUGGCUUUUCUUUGUCUGAAGACCUCAGUGUUGCCCACAUGUAGGAAACAGCUUACUAUUAAACAGGGAUUCUCACUCAAAUUAAAACACCAUCUGGAGCCCCGUCACUAACAGAAUAAGACUCUAUGUUUGAAAAAUAAAUUGACAUGACCAUGAGAGAUGUGCUAUGGUUGAAGAGCCACAAGAUCUUUUUAUUUUAGCUUCUAACAUGCUGGAAACCACAUUCGAACACACACGUUCUCUGUGGUGUGAUACAGAGAGCGGAUGCUGUACUCAAGGCCCCGUCCUGCGCUCCUGGUACAAUGGUAGCUCAACACUGAUGCUGAAAUACUGAGCAACAUAUAGCCCCGCACCUUUGAGAUGUCCACACUGCUGGUGAUGACUCUGCCAGAAAUAACUGCUGGAGAUGGACUAUUUUCAUUUUUUACCCUAUAUUUUUUAC